AUGCGGGGCCCCAGCGUGACUCUAUGGCUCCUCCUGGCUCUGCGCUCGGUGCUCGGUGGGAUGCAGGUGCGAUGGUGCACCACCUCAGACCCUGAGCAGCAGAAAUGCAGCGACAUGAGCCAGGCCUUCCAGAGGGCCGGCCUCCAGCCCCCCCUCCUCUGCGUGCAAGGUGCCUCCGCUGACCACUGCGUCCAGCUCAUCGCGGAUGAGGAAGCCGACGCCAUCACACUGGACGGAGGCGCCAUCUAUGAGGCUGGCAAAGAGCAUGGCCUGAAGCCUGUGGUGGGCGAAGUCUAUGAUCAAGAAGUGGGCACCUCCUAUUAUGCUGUGGCUGUGGUUAGGCGCGGCUCCAACCUGACCAUCGGCACCUUGAAGGGCGUCAAGUCGUGCCACACGGGACUCAACCGCACAGUGGGCUGGAACGUGCCUGUGGGCUACCUGGUGGAGAGCGGCCGCCUCUCCGUCAUGGGCUGCGAUGUGCUCAGAGCUGUUAGUGAGUAUUUCGGGGGCAGCUGCGUCCCAGGAGCAAAAGAGACCAGCUACUCCGAGUCGCUCUGUCGCCAGUGCAGGGGCAACUUAGCAGGAGAGGGUGUGUGUGAGAAGAGCCCCCUGGAGCGAUACUAUGACUACAGCGGAGCCUUCCGGUGCCUGGCAGAAGGGGCAGGGGACGUGGCCUUCGUGAAACACAGCACGGUGCUGGAGAACACAGACGGGAAAACACUGCCAUCCUGGAACCAGGAGUUGCAGUCCCAAGAUUUUGAGCUACUGUGCCGGGAUGGGAGCCGGGCAGAGGUCACCGAGUGGAGGCGCUGCCACCUGGCUCGAGUGCCAGCCCAUGCUGUGGUGGUCCGGGCCCAGACAGAUGGAGGCAUCAUUUUCCAGCUGCUCAAUGAAGGCCAGCGUCUGUUCAGCCACGAGGGCAGCAGUUUCCAGAUGUUCGAGUCCGAUGCCUACGGCGAGAAGAACCUGCUGUUCAAGGACGCUACGUCGGAGCUGGUGCCCAUUGCCACCCAGACCUAUGAGGCCUGGCUGGGCCGCGAGUACCUGCACGCCAUGAAGGGCCUCAUCUGUGACCCCUACCGCCUUCCCCGUGACCUGCGUUGGUGUGUGCUGUCCACCCCUGAGAUCCAGAAGUGUGGCGACAUGGCUGUGGCCUUCAGCAGGCAGAGGCUCAAGCCGGAGAUCCAGUGCGUGUCAGCCGAGUCCCCCCAGCACUGCAUGCAGCAGAUUCAGGCCGGCCAGAUCGACGCGGUGACGCUAAGAGGAGAGGACAUUUAUGCAGCUGGCAAGACUUACGGCCUGGUGCCUGCGGCCGGGGAACUGUAUGCCCCCGAAGACAGAGGCAGCGCCUACUUCGCGGUGGCCGUGGUGAGACGCAACAGCUCGGACGCCUUCAGCCUGGACGAGCUGCGCGGCCGCCGGUCCUGCCACUCGGGCCUGGGCAGCCUCGCGGGCUGGGACGUCCCCGUGGGCACCUUGACCUACAAGGGCCUCCUCCGGCCCCGGGACUGCGAUGUGCUCACAGCUGUGAGCGAGUUCUUUGACGCCAGCUGUGUGCCCGUGAACAACCCCACUGCCAGCUUUCCCUCCUCACUCUGCUCGCUCUGCGUUGGGGACGAGCAGGGCCGCAACAAGUGUGCAGGCAACAGUCAGGAGCGCUACUACGGUGACAGUGGAGCCUUCAGGUGCCUGGCAGAGAAAGCGGGGGACGUGGCCUUUGUAAAGCACACGACAGUCUUUGACAACACGGAUGGCCACAAUUCUGAGUCCUGGGCUGCUAAGCUGAGGUCAGAAGACUAUGAGCUGCUGUGUCCCAAUGGAGCACGAGCUGAGGUGCUCCAGUUCUCAGCCUGCAAUCUGGCGCAGAUCCCAGCACAUGCUGUCAUGGUCCGGCCAGACACCAACAUCUUCACCGUGUACGGCCUGCUGGACAAGGCCCAGGACAUGUUUGGAGACGACCACAAUCAGAAUGGCUUCAGGAUGUUCGACUCCUCCGACUACCAUGGCCGGGAUCUGCUCUUCAAGGACUCCACAGUUCGGGUGGUGCCUGUGGUGGAGAAAACCACGUACGGGGACUGGCUGGGCCAUGACUACAUGGCUGCCCUGGAAGGGAUGCUCUCUCAGCAGUGCUCCAAUGCAGGUAGGGCCUGGCUGGGUUCAAAUUCAUGCCCCACAGAGGAAGAAGAAGUGCUCGGUAGCUCCUGGGGUCAUUCUGUACUCGCUGCCCCCAAACCCUUGGUGGACUUAGCGGUCUCACCAUCACUGCCUCAGGACUCUACCUGCCCCUGCUGUUCCCACUGGUGUUCACAGCCCAUCUUCUCCAGCCCUGCCUGUGAGACGUCCCUGGAAGGGAGCCCCCCCUCAGAGGUCGGUGCCAGAGCGGUCAUUCACCAUCGUGGGUUCCACAAAGGCUGCUCAGAGGGAAGCCCAAGAAGGAGAGGAACCCUGCCAGAAGCACCUGAGCCCGGACACCCUGACUCCAGCCCCAGCGUUCCUGUUAUUGCUGCAAACUGGAGCCAGGAUGAGUGUUCGUGUCCCUCGCACUGCCUGGGUGUGAGCAGCCUCCCCUGCUGGAAGCCAGCCUCUGCCUCCCAGGCACCACCUGUCCCUCUGCUACCUGAGGCGGGGGCUAGCAGCUGCCCCAUCACGCCCCACCCACAGGCUGGCAUAGCCACUUCCCUGCGCUCAACUGUCCCUGCAUCAGCAGUGCCCCCAGCCACACUGCUGGGCUCAGCCCUGGGCUUGGCCUGUGGGCCUGAAACAGGGAUGCCCCAGCCCAGCAAGAGCCACAAGACCAGGGUGGGAACUAAGAGCCUGUCCCCUGGGACAAUCACCAGCCAGUGCCUGGACAGACUGCUCUGUGAUUAUUUAUCUGAGGAGCCAGGAGAAAAACAGAAGUUUCCGGAAGUGCCAGUUCUUGCUCUGAUUGUGCUCCCUGAAAGUAAAGAAGGAAGAGAAUUGAAAAACAGGAGUCACCCCCAAUCCGACCGUCAGCAGCCCGGGAGCCGCGUGGGCCUGAGCUAUUUGCAGCCCAGUCUGCGGGGGACUUAG